GGAGGAGUGUGCCCACGCUAUUGGCCGGCAUGACGUCACUUCCUAUCUGGCGAGCGGAAGUUGCUGUGGAGCACGUUGCGAUUUGGAGAAGCGGGUUCCGGUGGUGGCAAAAGGUGGUUGCGUCUUGUGAGUACGGGAGAGCCGUUAUGGCGGCGGUGGAUUCGGAUGUCCAUUCGCUGCCCCGUGGGCGUUUCCACUGCUGCCUUUGUGACGUUACUACAACCAACCGGCCCAGCCUAGAUGCCCACUUGAGAGGCCGAAAGCACCAGCACUUGGUAGAACUACGAGCUUCUAGAAGGGCCCAGGAACUUCGAAGUGUGUUUGUCAGUGGCUUUCCCAGAGAUGUGGAUUCUGCUCAGCUCUCUGAGUACUUCCAGGCAUUUGGACCUGUGGCCAGUGUUGUCGUGGACAAGGACAAGGGAGUGUUUGCCAUUGUGGAGAUGGGGGACGUGGUUGCUCGAGAUGCUGUCUUGUCACAGUCCCAGCACAGCCUGGGAGGACGUCGCCUGCGUGUCCGGCCACGGGAGCAGAAGAAGUUCCAGAGCCCAGCCUCCAAAUCCCCCAAAGGAGCAGCCCCCAAAGGUCACCAGGUGGCCGAAGCACUAGCUGAGGCCCCAGAUGUGGGGGCACAAAUGGUCAAGCUUGUUAGGCUGAGGGAGCUGUCUGAGGCUGAGCGGCAGCUUCGGAACCUCGUGGUGGCCCUGAUGCAGGAAGUCUUCAUGGAAUUCUUCCCUGGCUGUGUGGUCCAUCCUUUUGGCUCUUCCAUAAACAGCUUUGAUGUCCAUGGCUGUGACCUUGACCUCUUCUUGGAUCUGGGUGACUUGGAAGAGGCCCAGCCAGCCCCAAAGCCUCUUGAAUCUCCAUCCUUGGACUCGGUCCUUGCUUCCCCAUUGGAUUCUCAAGCCCUGGCCUGCACCCCAGUGUCCCCUCCAGAUUCGCAGCCUCCAGCUUCUCCCCAAGAUUCUGAAGCCCUGAACUUUGAAAACCCUUCCUCCUCCCUGGCAUCCUGGACUGCAGACUCCGCGUUGGCUUCUGAGUCCCUCGCUUCUCCACAGUCUCCACAGCCAGCCUCAUCGCUGCCGGAGGACAAGAGGGAGAGGGACCUGGGGAAGGCCCUGGAACUAGCAGAAGCCCUGAAGGGGGAAAAAGCAGAGGAGGGAGCAAUGCUGGAGCUGGUGGGAGCCAUUCUCCGGGGCUGUGCCCCUGGGGUAUACCGAGUCCAAACUGUGCCCUCUGCCCGGCGCCCUGUGGUCAAGUUCUGUCAUUGGCCUUCAGGUCUCCAUGGCGACGUCUCCCUCAGUAACCGGCUGGCCCUGCAUAACUCCCGUUUCCUGAGUCUCUGCUCUGAGCUGGAUGGGCGAGUCCGGCCCCUUGUUUACACCCUCCGCUGCUGGGCUCAGUUUUGGGGGCUGUCAGGGAGUGGCCCCCUUCUCAAUAACUACACCCUGACCUUGCUCGUGAUCUAUUUUCUUCAGACCAGGGACCCUCCUGUGUUGCCCACUGUGUCCCAGCUCACCCAGAAAGCAGGUGAGGAAGAACAGGUGGAAGUUGAUGGCUGGGACUGUAGUUUCCCCAGGGAUGCCUCAAGACUGGAGCCUAGCACCAAUGUGGAGCCCCUCAGUUCCCUACUAGCCCAGUUCUUCUCCUGCGUCUCUUGCUGGGAUCUUCAUGGCUCACUGCUCUCCCUGCGGGAGGGUCAGGCACUGUCUGUGGCAGGAGGCUUGCCCUCUAAUCUCUGGGAGGGUCUGCGUCUUGGCCCAAUGAAUCUCCAGGACCCCUUUGACCUGAGUCACAACGUUGCAGCCAAUGUGACCAGCCGGGUGGCUGGACGCCUACAGAACUGCUGCCGAAUAGCAGCCAAUUACUGCCGAAGCCUCCAGUACCAGCGCCGUUCCUCCCGGGGUCGGGACUGGGGGCUGCUCCCCCUUCUGCAGUCCAGCUUCCACCGCUCUCUGCAGUCUGUUACGCCGAUUCCCUUACUUCCUGCUCCCUUUAUGCAACUCACUGCUGCCCUGGUCCAGAUGUUCAGGGAAGCACUAGGGUGCCAUAUAGAACAGGGAACCAAGAGAUCGUGUCCAGAAGGUGAUGGAACUGAGGAGUCUCCCCAGGGAGGGACAAACAAAAGAUUGAAACUAGGAGAGAAAGAGAGCUGUGAGGAGGGGCAAGAGGAGCAGCAGGGAUGUGCAGGGGACCACAGUGAAGACGGGGUAGAAGAGAUGGUUGCAGAGGUUGGUGAGAUGGUGCAGGAAUGGACCGUGCAGAGCUCUGAGCAGCCCGCGGUGCCGCCCCUGAUGACCGGAAAACAUGUAAUCACUGAAGAAGAGGGGCAGCCAGACCAUGCAACCCUGGCAGAGCAGGGGCCCAAGGGACCUGAGGCAGUCAGAGGAGGAUCAGGGGGGGAGGCAGGGAAGGGGACAUCACUCUCAGUGAGCUGGAGCUGUGCCUUGUGGCACCGAGUGUGGCAGGGACGGCGGCGUGUUCGGAGACGCUUGCAGCAGCAAACCAAGGAAGGAGGCAGAGUCGGUGCUGGCACAGGAGCAGAGUGGCUGGCAACGGAGGCUCUGGUAACCCAGGAGCUGAGAGGACUGAGUGGUAGUGAACAGAGGCCAGAAACUGAGCCCCUCCUGACCUUUGUGGCAUCGGUCUCCCAGGCUGACCAGACGCUUACUGUGACCCCGCUACACGAUUCCCAAGGCCUGUUCCCUGAUCUCCAUCGUUUCUUAAAGGUUUUCCUCCCUCAAGCACUUCAAAAUCUCCUCAAGUGAAGACAUGGAACCUAAAGGGCAAUAAAACUGCUGGUUUACUAUAUAUAC